UGCACAUGCCCUCACUUUUCCCCCUCAACCAUCUGUUUCAGUUUGUCCUCAUUUAGGCGGCUGAGCAGAGAGGCUCAUGAACCAACUUGUUAGGCUAUGGCUAUGGCUAUGGAAUCUGAUGUUAGCCAUGUGUUAAAAAGGCUGCAGAUGGGUCUGCAAGAUACUGGCACAGGCCGCUUCAGGUAUCAAUACGAGAAGCUGACCAGCAUCGAUGAGAAAACAACGAGGCCUAGGGGGCGCUGGGUGAGGAGUGUGAACGGAAAGCUCAAGGCUCUCCGGUUGUCUCGUUCAAGGAAACUUACUCUGAGGGCGUUUUCACUGAUCACAAUGCCCAGCAAGAUCGCCAGGAUCUACAGAGAUAUCACCAACCGGAUGAACUUGGAUGGUAUCUGCCCGGCCAUCACUUUUUCCUCUCAGUGGGGGCUCCCAGUUCUAUCUCACUCCUCUGUGAAAUGUAGAAGUGUCGUGUCUCUUAAUAGACGCUGGGCUGGCACUUGAAUCACAGGCAUUUUGUCUGCAGUAGUAAUAUAUGAAAAUUUGCUAUUAUGUUGAGUUUGCA